AACAUCCUCAAAAAACCUAGCCUCUUUCCUUCACACAGGUAAGCCAAAAAACAACCUUAAGAAAAACAAAAAUGGUGUCCGGUUCAGGCAUCUCUGCAAGGAGAAUAGUGGUGGAUGCACGUCACCAUAUGCUUGGAAGACUUUCUUCCAUUUUAGCUAAGGAGUUGUUGAAUGGACAGAGAGUUGUUGUUGUGAGAUGUGAAGAGAUUUGUCUGUCUGGUGGACUUGUGAGACAGAAAAUGAAGUACCUUAGGUUCCUUAGGAAAAGAAUGAAUACUAAACCUUCUCAUGGUCCUAUUCAUUUUCGUGCUCCUUCUAAGAUCCUCUGGCGCACCAUCCGUGGGAUGAUUCCCCACAAAACUAAGCGUGGAGCAGCUGCUCUUGCCCGCUUGAAGGUUUAUGAGGGUGUUCCACCACCAUAUGACAAAAUCAAGAGGAUGGUCAUUCCUGAUGCUCUCAAGGUCUUGAGACUCCAAGCAGGACACAAAUAUUGUCUCUUGGGUAAACUUUCAUCAGAGGUUGGAUGGAACCAUUAUGACACUAUCAAGGAGCUCGAGAACAAGAGAAAGGAGAGAGCCCAGGUUGCAUACGAGAGGAGAAAGCAGUUGGCCAAACUCAGGGUUAAGGCAGAGAAAGCUGCUGAGGAGAAGCUCGGUCCUCAACUUGCAGUUAUUGAACCUAUUAAGUAUUAGAGUGUACACUUAUCUGAGGUGAAAUUUUGCUGGAGAUUGAGAUUUCAGCUUAUCUGUUUUUAAAAGAUGCUACAUGUACUGCAUGGUUCAGUUUUUGCUUUUAGUAAUAUUUUGAGCAGACUUCAUUGUUUAACUAUCUUUUCGAAGUUAUUUAUCUUAUGGCUCUAUUGGUACUG